AUGUUAAUCAAUUAAGAACUCAAGUUUGACUCUAAAUUGUCAACUAAUUAUAAAAAUUUAUAGUCUGACACUAUAUAAAAAGAUGAGAUAGAAAAAUUGAAAUUAAAAAAUGAAAACUUGUAAUAAAAUAUAAUAGAAAUGCAUUAAUAAUAAGAAGUUAUCAAAAAUGCGUUAAUUGAGCCUUAAUCUAGAUUGAAGAAUAACCUAUCAUUCAUAGAUGAUUCAAAGGAUUAAUUCAAUGAAACUAAGAAAUUAGAUGCUAAUAUUCCAAUCAAUUAAACAAAAUUAAGUAAUUCUCUAAAUAAAUUUUUGGAUUUAAGUAUUUCUACAUAAGAAUCUUAAUACUAAAUCUAAAGUCUUAAAUUCUAACCUAUUGCUUCAUUCUUAAUAGAUAUCCAAUUAAAGGAACAUUAUCUUUAAAAUUUUAUUGAUUUAAGAAUUUAUGAUAAUGUAAGUCUGUAUAACUCUUUACCAUCCAUAAAUCAAUGUAAAUAUCUUUUAAAUAAGUAUGGUAUCGAUAGGUUAGGAUUUUAAAGAAGAAUUUUGUUUAGAUUGGAUGAAUGUAAGUAUAUCUAAAUAAUUUAUAGAAAUGGGAUUAUUUUCUAAAAAUAAUUUAGUUUAAAAUCUUGAACUUUACUAUAAUUAAAUACCUACAAUAAAGGAAUGGUUAGAAUCAAUUAAUUAUUAACAUUAUUAUUAUAAUUUUAAACUUGCUGGUUAUGAUAAUUUUAAAUAUUUAAUUUAUUAAGAGCAUACCUAAUAUUAAUUAUCUCUUUCAGAUUUUAAAGAAUAAUUUAGUAUUAAUAAUGAAUCUGAUUCUAAAUUAAUAUUAGCAAAUCUAAUUAUAAGUAAUAAUGUAAAUGUUAUUAUUAGUUUGUGAUAAUAUUAAGAAUUUAAAUACAUUUAAUGUUUAAACAUCAAAGAAAGUAAUAGAAUAAGAUAUUUGUUUAGUUUAAUGCGCAUUACCUAAUAAUAAAUGUGUAAUUUUUUGA